AUGCAGUUUCACGACCUUAGCGUUAAUGAAACUGCAAGAACUCCCUGUGUCGACCAGAGCACGGAGAGUGAUGCCAUUGACUUCGAUAGUUGCGAUGGCAUGCGCCAGGCAGUGUUCUAUUGUCGUUUGUCUCAACCUAGUUUUGUCAUGCAGUAUAUCCAACAAUUAAUCCGCAGAGAUAGAAAGAACGUAGAUGAAAUUUUAACGGCUCCUGAGGGUCAGGAUGUAACUGUGUGGAAAUACGAACAUUUGAGGCAAUUUUGUAUGGAACUGAACGGACUUGCAGUACGUUUACAAGAACAGUGCACACCACAGUCUUGUCGACAAAUGACGGCUACGGAACAGUGGAUUUUCUUGUGCGCUGCACACAAAACACCGAAAGAGUGUUCGGCAAUCGACUACACACGACAUACUCUGGAUGGCGCCGCCUGCCUUCUGAAUAGUAGUAAAUAUUUCCCAAGCAGAGUCAGUAUAAAAGCGAACUCGGUGAAUCGAUUGGAUUCAGUCUGUCGUCGUGUUUAUCGGAUAUUUUCCCAUGCCUACUUCCACCAUCGGCAAAUAUUUGAUCAGUUUGAGGAUGCUACAGCUUUGUGUGAGCGUUUCACCACCUACGUUCUGAAGUAUAAUCUCAUGAGCAAAGAUAACCUGAUCGUCCCAAUUGCCGGUGCCGCAGACAGUGCGGCCAUGGAAGCACAGAUAUGAAUGACCGUGAACGGUCUCAAGUCACUGACUUCACUGGCCCUUUACGGACCAUGUGCAUACAGCCUUCCCCACCCGGACAUUCUUGUCCGAACUGCUUGUAUCAUCACCACUGUUUUCUCAUUGGUUUAAUUUGUUCAGUAUCAAAUCAUUUUAAUUCGCUUCAUUCUUCUCGGUUGUCUUUUUGAAACUUGUUUUUCAAAGACCUUUCCGUUCUGUCCACCAAGCCAAGCUCAGCUGCCUUUCAAGUUUGACAAUACCAGGCAACAUAAACGACUCCAGCCAGAUGUCGGAUGAGAUAACAGCAGUUUUCACGUGGGUUUGCUAAAUCUGAUCUUUUCGAAAGAUCAUAUCCACACAGAAACACCUAGAGUCUUAUUUUUAUUCUGCACAAAAAGUGAGAUGCGACUCAAAUUCAUGUCUUUCCCCGCGAGAAAACAUUUCUUCGAAAAGGCGCGCUGUAUCGGUGUAUUUGGAU